CUACGCGACGCGGGCCGGUUUCUCCAGUGUGUGGCGCCCCCUGGCGGUAGCCGGGCUUCAAUGCCACGGCCUGACCGGAGUGUCCGCCAUGGAGUCGCAGAAAGAGGCGCGAAUACUCCAGCAGCCCGUCGCGCGGCCUCCUGGGGCCUCAAGGUCUCAGACGCCCAACGCCAAGGAGCGGCAGGAGGGCGGCCCAGUGCCGGCGGCGGCUGCCCUGGGCGCAGAGGCGGACGACGACAGUGCGGACGGGCUGUGGGAGCUGCCGGUGGAGCCGGCCAAACGGAGGCCCGAGUGCAGCCGCUGCAGCCGGCCUCAGAAAGUGUGUUUGUGUCCAUUUCUCCCAGCGCACCCUCUGCAUAUCUCUACCCACUUGUACAUAAUUCAGCAUCCAGCAGAGGAAAACAAAGUGUUGCGUACAGUGCCUCUACUAGCAGCAUGCCUCCCCCAGGACAAGUGUAAAGUAAAGAUUGGUCGUCGCUUCAGUGAAGAAAGAGAUCCUGAACUUUCAACUGUUUGCCAGAAGUCUGGUACAUUAAUAUUAUAUCCAGGGGCUGAAGCUGCUAAUUUGGAAGAAUUUAUAUUAGAUUCUCCUGUUUAUCCUUCUACAAUCAUCAUCAUUGAUGGUACAUGGAGCCAGGCUAAGGACAUUUUCUAUAAGAAUUCCUUGUUCCGACAUCCCAAACAGGUGCAGUUAAAAACUAGCAUUUCUAGUCAGUAUGUAAUUCGGAUGCAACCGACUAAUAGAUGUCUUUCUACACUGGAGUGUGCAGCUGUUGCUCUUUCCAUCUUGGAGAAAAAUAAUUACAUACAAGAGACUUUGCUUCGCCCUCUUCAAGCUUUAUGCUCUUUUCAACUUCAGCAUGGUGCCCAAAUUCGCCUCAGCAAGGAACACCUUCUGAAAAAUGGAUUAUAUCCUAAACCAAUGCCAAAGAACAAACGCAAACUCAGGAAAAUGGAAUUGUUAAUGAAUAGUGUUAAAAUUUAGUACAGUUAUUCUUUUGGUGCUAGCUUACCUGUCUUCAUCUAACAAUACCAAGUUAAGUUUUCAUAUAGUUUAGGUCUGUAGGUUUUUGACUUGCUAAAGAAGAAUGAGAAUUGCAUACUAAUCUUACCCAGAAGAAGGAAGCAAACCAAAUAUUCAUAAAAACAAAUAAACAAAAAUUCACUGGCUCACUGAAAAGCAGGAUUUCAUGUUGUACUUGUUUUUAAAAAUGUGCCUCUAAUACAUGUUUUCAAACCCAAAAUUAAAAUGUGAUUCGUUGUUGAGAUGGGUUAGAAAUUCUUAAUCGUAAAAUAGAAGGAAAUUGUUGUAGUGGA